AUGGUCACUCACACUGGCGAGAAGCCGUUCAAAUGUGAUAUAUGUGAUUAUUCUACUAUAGGCAUGUCUCAUUUGAAACUGCACAUGGCCAUCCAUACAGGGGAGAAACCCUUCCGCUGUGAACACUGUGACUUUUCCACAGCGCGAAAACAAGAUCUGAAACGACACGUGGCUAGACACACCGGCGACAAACCGCACAAAUGUGAACUUUGUGACUAUUCCACAGCACAUAGGAGCCAUAUGAAGCGGCAUAUGAUCACGCACACUGGUGAAAAACCUUACAAAUGUGAAAUUUGCGAAUACGCUGCGGCACAAAUAUCAUCUUUGAGAGCCCACAUGACUAAACACACCGGGGAGAAGCCUUACCAAUGUGAGGAGUGCGGCUAUUUCACAACGAAGAAAGGAGCCUUAGCAAAGCACAUGACAAAGCACACCGGUGAGAAGCCGUAUAUGUGUGAGGUUUGUGGUUACGCGGCGGCUGUGAAGGGUACCUUGAAGCAGCACAUGGCAACACAUGCUGUUGUGAAGCCAUACAGGUGUGACCAGUGUGACUACUCCGCAGCGCAGAUCGCGCACUUGAGGAGGCACAAGGCCAAACAUGCCGAGGAAGAAAACUAG